CUAUAUCGCUGCCAAGUAGGCCUUCAGAGCCGUCUUUUUGCCUCUGUCAGUCUGAUGCUUGCUACUUAUAGAUUUUGAUUAUUGUCUGUGGUGACCCGUGAUAUAUUUUAUUGGCAAUGAAACAUCUUUAAAUUAGCUGGCAUACAAAAAAGAGGACUGAAAAAUCUACAUAAUGGAAAAAGUGCAGAAGUUGGUAAACAUAUUCGAAUUUGGGUCUGGCGAUGAUGGCGGAUUAACAUUGUCACUGGAUGCCUUGUCUAAAGUAUUGUGCCAACCAGCGAUCAAAGACAAACCACUUGCAGUCGUUGGUAUUGCAGGUGCACUUAGAACCGGAAAGUCUUUUCUGAUGUUAAUUUUGAUGCGAUAUCUUAAAAAUAAAGGAUGGAAGAAUUCGGCCUGGAUUGGAGACGAUGACAAAUGUGCAGAUGAUGGUAUUGAAUGGAGAAAAGGUACUAAAGCUCACACCAGGGGAAUAGUUCUGUGGAACGAAAUUUUUACCGUGGAGAAAAAUGGCGAAGAGAUUUCGAUAUUGCUGUUGGACACUCAGGGUCUUUUUGAUGACACUAUGUCAAAAGAAGAAAAUAUGAAAAUAUUUACAUUUACAGUUUUGAUGACAUCACAUCUCAUGCUGAAUAUCAAGUCCCAAAUAGAUGAACGAGAAUUGGAAUCAUUAGAGUUUUUCACUGAAUAUGCUAAAAGUGCAUCUGCUGAACCAGGAAGUGAAUGUCCUUUUCAGAAUCUUUUAUUUUUAAUCCGAGAUUGGCAAUAUUCAUAUGAAAAUGCCUAUGGAGAGAAAGGAGGACAAGAGUAUCUCAAAGUUAAAUUAGACCAAAAAGUUUCCAAAGCCGAGUUGAAUAGUGUCAGGCAAAAUUUGAAAUCCACAUUCCAGGACUUGAAAUGUUUUUUGAUGCCAUCGCCCGGCCCAUGUGUCUCUAAUGCAGAAUUUGAUGGCAAAAAUAAAGACAUGAAUGCAGACUUUCUUGAGAAUGUAAAAGGUCUUGCAGAAACACUGUUUGAACCAACUAACAUAAAGUUAAAAUCAUUCAAUCAGAAAUAUCUAACAGGGCAAGACCUUUGGUUUCUUCUUCAAUCUUGUAAUGAAACUUUCAUCAAUGGAAAGGUUCCUGAUGUUGGGAACAUGGUUUUGGCCUUUGCUAGGAUGAGGAAUAGAAUUGCCGUAACAGAAGCCUCGCGCAUAUUUGAAGAAACAUACAAGGAAGAAGAAUUCAGGCAUGCUAAAGAGUUGGAAAGAAAUCGUGAUGAGUUUUAUGAAAAAUCUCUAUAUGCGGCAAAACAACAUUUUGAAGAUCAAAGUAGAUUUGGUGGAGAAGAUCUAAGAAUUGAUUAUCAGGAGAUCUUGAUAUCGGAAUGUCAGGACCGGUUUCAUAUAUAUGCGAACUGGGAUGAUCUGAGAAAGAUCAAAGCACAAAAUUUUUCAUCACAAAAGAGUCAUGAAAUUCUGACUAGAUAUCGGGAAAAUAUGAAAAAGGACCUUGGUGCUGGUUAUAAUGAACCUGAUGUUUUCAAAAAGCAUCAUAAAAAAAAUCAAAUAGCUUUGUUGGAGGCUUACAGAAGUGAGACUGCAAAAUAUGCAUCCUAUAGUAAAGAACAUGAAUUGCUACUGAUAGAGAGCAUCAACCACUCUAAAGAGAAGUUUGAACAAAUGAAUGAUGAUUUAGGUUUCAUUAUGGCUUUAGGAAGUCAAGUUCCAUCCGACCGUCAACCGGAAGAUAUUUUGCCUGAAGAACAACAGGAUCUUGUUAGACAAUAUGAAGCUUGUCUUCUGUUUUAUGAAUUAUCACUCCAAUACAAAGAGGAAUUUGAAAAAUUCUCUGUCCUGUAUGUUGCCGAAGAUGAUUUAAAGAAACAACUAAAUGAGAUGAAAAAUGCAUAUUAUAAGUUGUUUGAAGAUAGGUGGCCCAGACAUGGGGCAAACAUUGCAGCGUUCCGAGAUAGAUUUCUGAAGUUACUGAAUGAAGAAUAUCAAGAUUGCUUAGAUUUGAACGCAAGGAACAAGGAUGUUUUUGAAAAUAUAAUACAGGAAUCAAAAACAAAAAUGAAAGCACAAUAUUGUGAAACAAUGGAUGGGAUACUCCAUGAGGAUUAUUGUGACCCCCAAGAUCUCCAGAAUAUACAUGAAGAAAUAACACAAAGACUGGAAAUAAACUUAAAAGAAGAAAUACAAGAAAUAGAUAGUGGAGAUCGGGCCGAUGUGCUGAAUCAGUGUCUAGAAGAACUAGGCAAAGAGUUUGAGGUGUUCAAAAAAAGAAACCAGAAGCGUUCCCAACAGAAACCCAAAUUAGAUUGGAACACCAUUAAGGAAAAAUUCAAGAUGGCACUGAAAAUUGUUGUUGCCGCAUUGCCGAUCAUAAAAAAACUUUGGACAGUCAUAAAGCCAGUGACAAAAGUUGUUCCGGCCAUAGCUGUACUCGAGGCAUCAAUGGCAGCACUGACAAUAUCGUUACCUUCACUGGCAAUAGGAGCUACUAUUGGUGUCGUAGGUGCUCUCACCGCUUAUUGUGUGUAUAAAUAUUAUGAUCAAGAAAAGAAAUCAAUAAAUUGAAUACGACACUGGCAGAUUUUAUCAAGACUACAUUAUAAAAUGACUUAAAAAAAAAAGAAAAAAGUGAAUAAACGUAUUUUUUCGUAGAAGAUAAAAGCGAAUGGACCGGUGAUUCUAGCUAAGCAAACGAAUUGAAUCUGAUAACCUUUAAGUUUCCUAAAUCAUGUCCGAUCAUCUCUGUGCUCGAUUUAUAUAAACCAACUCAACUAUAAUCAAAUACAGGAUCCUAUUGCGUAAAAUGAGUGAGCUUAAACAACUGAUUUUGCUGGACAAUAGUUACCUAUAUUUACCGUUAAAUCAAAAUUGUGUAUCUUCUUACUUGGAUCAUUUUAGUUCACUCGUUAUUCUGUGUUUGGUAUUUUAAAAUGCAUUCAUUUUAAGCAAUAUUAUUCGAGUUCGAGGUGUAUUGAAUGGAUAAAAUUUUUACAUCAAUCCGGGUUAGAGGAAAGCCUGUAUCAACUAAAUAGCUGAACAAACGACCCUUUCUCUCGAAAUCUGUUGUCCACAUCAAUACCUAGGCCUCAAGGCGUUUCUUGUACAACGCUAUCUAUCCAUUUGCCAACUGACUUUGAUUUUUUGUUUAUUGUGGCAUGUAGUAAUGGCCAUAUUGUAGUUGUGUCGUCGAAAUCAAAUUUCCUAAGUUGACCGCAAGAAUCAAAAUUUGGGGAAAAAUCUUAAUCCUAAUAGUACAAAAAGCGAAAAAAAUGUAAAUAAACUGACAAUCAAAUUGCUGUUUGAUUGAUCUAGCUAGAUUCUAGAAUCAUGUAGCGUUGUUAUGUUAUUCUUAGCCCAUCAACACUUUCUGAGUAGGUCAAAUUCACAUACAGUCUUUACGUAAAAUUGUCGAAUAAAACCACUGAAUGCUA